GUAACGCUGAAAAGUUUGAAAAACGAGUUUAAUGUUUCAACAAAAUAAGAAAUGCAUAUGUUGCUCUGUUUUUAAUUUGUUUGUCAUUUUACUGGUGUGUUACCUGGUUUUGUUCCAUGAUUGCUAUCUAAACUAAUUUUUAAAAAAUUUCCCCCUUAGUGUAUGUGUGACUCUGUUCCUGUUAUAUCCCUGCCUUAAUGAGGGACAGGAAAAUUACCAGGCUUUGGCAUUCACUGUAAUUUCCCUGUUAUUCUUCAAAUCCUGUUUCUUUAAGAAUAAGAAACAUAGCUUCCACUCAGGCUUAAAGAGAUAAGACCUGUAUAAAAUGGGUAUUUCAUUUCAGCUUAUUUCACAGCCAGGGGCAGCACACCGGAUGCAAUAAUGCCCCUCUUACAGUGAGUGGGAGGGGCUCGUAGAGGGUUAAAAAGAGCCAGAUGGGACAGAAGGAAAAGGAGCAAACAGAGAAGAGAAAGUGGGAGUAAAUGCACAGAGCUUAGGCAUGGCUACAUGGAUUCUUGUUGCCUUUCUCGCCAUUGGUGUGUCGUUCCUGUUAUUGAGAGCCUGUGGGUCUAGGACAAGGCGAGCAAAAGAACCUCCACUGGUGAAAGGAUGGCCUUUUUUUGGUGUAAUUCUGGACUAUGGUAAAAACCCAUUGGGCUUCCUGCAAGCAGCUCAACAAAAGUAUGGAGACAUCUUUACAUGCCAACUUGCGGGGAAGUACUUCACCUUCAUCACGGAUCCUUUCUCCUUCUCCGUGGUGAUGCGCCAGGGCAAAAACCUCGACUUUCACAAAUUCGCUAUGGGUUUCUCUCAGCGGGUGUUUGGUCAUGCUGAUUUUACAUCACCGCUGUUCAGCGAAAGCUACCGAGAAGUGCACUCACUCUUCAGACAAACACUACAAGGUCCACCUCUUCAGCAACUCAGCCAGAACAUGCUUAGGAAUCUGCAGACUGCUUUCCAACACUGCCUGCCAAGUGAGAAUGGCUGGAAAGAGGAGGGUUUACAGUGUUUCACCACGCGCAUCAUGUUUGAUGCUGGAUUCGUCACUCUUUUUGGUAAGAAGGCAGGGCUCCUUCAGCCAGAAGAAACAGGAGCUGUUGGGACAUGCAUGCAGAAGGUGAAGCGGGAUUUCUUGGCAUUUGAUGGGGCUUUUCCUGCACUGGCGGCUGGCGUGCCUAUUGCGCUGUGCAGACGCGCAUGGAGAGCGAGAGAAGCAUUAGCUAAGGGACUGCUGCACGGGGAGCUUUAUCACAGGAUGUGCAUCUCGGAUCUGAUUCAGCGCAGGAUGGACGCCUUCGAUCGCAUGCACCUGGAUGAGACAGGAAAAGCACGCACACACGUCUGCAUGCUCUGGGCUUCACAGGCCAACACACUGCCCGCUGCCUUUUGGAGUCUCUACUAUACACUGAGAACUCCAGAAGCUUUUGUUGUGGCUUGUAAAGAGGUCGACCUAAUCAUGGCACAGAUACCAAAUGACAAACCAAUCAGCCUGUCCAAAGAGCAGCUGGAAUCCAUGACUGUGCUUGAGAGUAUUAUCAAGGAAGCUCUACGCCUGUCAAGUGCUUCCAUUAUGAUCCGAGUUGCAAGUGAUGACUUCAUUCUGACACUGGACUCGGGUCAAGAGGCAGCUAUUCGAAAAGGAGAUUACAUUGCUCUCUACCCCCGACUCAUACACCUAGACCCUGACAUCUACCCGAACCCAUUGGAGUUCAAGUACGACCGAUUUUUGGAUGAAGAGGGUCAAAGACAGAGCCAGUUCUUCAAAAAUGGCCGACAGCUGAAACACUACCUUGUGCCAUUUGGUUCUGGUGCCAGUGAGUGUCCGGGUCGUUUCUUUGCCAUGAAUGAGAUAAAGCAAUUUCUCAUGCUGGCGCUCUGGCACUAUGACUUACAACUCAGUGAGCCUGAUGUCACGCUGUCACCAGAUCGUACCCGUGCCGGCCUUGGCAUCCUGCCUCCUUCACGAGAUGUACUGCUUAGAUACAAAGCAAGAGCAGACAGGUACACAGAGAGAUCCUGGGAGAAAAAUGCUAAUGAUUAAUAUGUCAGUUGAAAAACAAAACAUACCAUGUGUUAAACCAAAACCUAAAAGAGCAUUCAUUCAGAUUUCUUAGUAUACUUCUUGAUGCAAUGUGGCCUCUUUAUUAGGUACAUCUACUCUAAGGCUAUGCAUAGCAAGCUUUUACUAUUGCUUUAGCGCUGUACUAAAGCAUACUGGGUUUGAAAUGAAGCAAUGGCUCUGAGGUUAAAGUGAAGAAUAUCAUAUUUAUUUGGAAGGUAUUUUCCUCUAUUGCAUAAACCACAGAGGAAUUGCAUUUUAUGCAUAUGGAAAAAGUAACUAAAUUUUAAGUAAAAUUGUCAUACUGCAAAUCUAUUAACUGGACCCUAUACUCUAUAAACAGAACAGUAUGCUCCCUGGUGAUGUUCUGCCAGGCCCGUAGCCUUUUUUCAGUCCCUGCUAUGCUUAGGGGCUUUUUGACAUUCCUUUUAUACAAGUUAAUCAUUCUCUCUUCAACUAUAGUAUAAAAAUAUGUUUAUUAGGUACAACUAGAGUAGCUGUACUUAAUGAAGUGUCUACUGAGUGUACAUUGAAUUGUUUCUUUAAUAAUGUGUGAAUGUAUGGAUGUUUGUCAGCUUUCACAUGCAAAUUUAUUUUUUCUGUAUUUAGAAAUGCUUGCCCUUUAUUGAUUGUGCAUAUACUCUAUAGUAUCAAUUUGCAGUAUUAAUGUACACCAUGUGUGUUUGUAAGACUGAAAAAUUACUGAUAGUGUGUAAAGGACUGGUUGGAUUAAAGAAAUUGCAUGUCUGCUGGUGGAAUGUAAAAGUUAAAAAACAUUUACUGAAAAUCAGAGUGUAUACUUAAAUGGGAAUCAAGGGUGCAGUAGCAUUACUUCUACUUUUAUUGUCGUCUGCUUUUUUUUUUUCUUUUAUUGGGUCCUUAUUAUUCCACCAUGUGAACUAUUGAAUUUAUGUGAAAGAAUGAUGUCAAAUGAUCGUCAUGCUGAUUAAGUGGAUAUUUGUAUGUCAUAUUUAUUUCACAAAUAAAUAAACUCAUAUAUUUCAAAUUUA